GUCGGUGACAGUCACCAGUCUCUUCGCGUGAAGAUUCAAAAGGGCGACGUCCUCAACCCUGGAGAAGAAGACUAUUCAGAGAUUUUAAAGAAAUGAAACGAGACAGGUAUCAAGCCUGUAGCGGUAAUCGUGAAGCCCACCAAGUCGACCGAGAUUUCCGAGGCCAUGAAAUAUGCUACGGCCAAAAAGAACCCCCAGGUGGUGAAAGGGGAUGGCCGCUAGACAAGUGCCACUCCGGCUUCUAAUGGAGGCAUGAUUGACUCAGGUUUGCUGUGCUCGACCCGAGCCGACCCUGAAAAUAAGAUCAUCACUUUUGGUGGAGGCUUUACUUGGAAGGACAUCGCUAAUAAAGCCUGGAAGUAUGCUCUUGCUUCUGUGGGCGGCGUCUUUUAUGUCACCGGGGUCGGAGGGUUGUCCUUGGGUGGCGACUACGGCUGGUUCACUCUAAAGCACGGGCUGGUGUGCAACAAUCUCCCGGCGGCGGAGUUGGUGCUCGCGGACGGAGGCAUUGUGAACAUGUCUGAGUCCGAGAACUCUGACCUCUUCUUGGGCAGUAUGAAAAGCUUCAGCGUAACAACCAGCUUCACCCUCCACUCCCACAAACAGCAGGAUGUGUACACCGGAUUCGCCGUCUUACCCCUGGGAGCUAUCUCAGCCGUUGCAGAUUUCAACAACCCCCUCCCUCCACAAGCCUCAGGGCUCUGAGACGGGUUUCAUGUUUGGCCCUCCUUGUGCGCCUCCAGACAAUAACCCAAUGAUCCUGGGUCUCGCUUUCUACAACGGCACCGAGGAGCAGGGCAAGGCCUUCUUGAACCCCUUGCUAGAUAUCACUGUCACCAACAUGGCCAAUGCUCAGCUUGGCGGCCCCUGGGAUCGCCCGCCACGAAGAUUGCAAAAAGGGGCGACAUUUGUGCCUCCGCUCAAGAAGGAGCAUAUGCAAGAUAUGAUCCAUAGGAUCUACCCCUUCGUCAAGGAAAACGGCACAGAAGGGCAGAAUUUGAUUGCCUGGUAAAUACUGACUAACCAGAAGAUCAGGCAAGGAAAUGUGGUGCACCUUCCGACCACGAGAA